AUGAAGACGCUGGCUUCCACGCUAACGGGAACCACUGACCUGGGCCUACCAGCUGCACUCGGGUCAGCUGUGGGAUCUUUUCUCUCCGAGGAAGACAUCCUGCCUUUGUGCCCCCUCACUUCCGCGUUUUUUCCCGUGUCUUCGCGAACGGUUUCAUCUUGCAAUACCCAUACAAGGACUCAAAUAGGUGUUGCUUCCAGGAUGGCUAUGGUAAAAAGUGGCUGGCUCCACAGGCAAAGCACCAUAUUACGCCGCUGGAAAAGAAACUGGUUCGACCUGUGGGCCGACGGGCGGCUGGUGUUCUACAAUGACCAGCAGCGGCGUGACAUGGAGGACGACAUCCACAUGAGGGUCAACUGCAUUAACAUCCGCAGCUCUGCUGCGUGUCAAGAGCUGAACCCACCGGAGGGGAAGACACGUGACGCCCUGCUCCAGAUAGUGUGCCGGGACGGACGGGUCAUCAGCCUGUGUGCGGACAGUCCCGACGACGCUCUUGCGUGGACCAUGGCUCUUCAGGAUGCCAGAAUCAACACGGUGGUCGCUACACCUCAGGUCGGCUUUGCACAAGAGGUUAUGGCGUCUGCUCCCCCGCCCUACUCAGAAUACGCUCAACCACAGGUUUAUGCCCCGGGCCCGUAUGGAGACUACACCGCUCCUCCCCCGCACGCCACGCAGGUGGUGUACUCGGCUGACGGGCAGCCCUACGCUGUGGCGUACCCGUACCAGCACCAGGGUGGGUACGGCGCGUCCGGAGUGAACCACGUCAUCGUCCAGGAGCGCCGGUGGGACGACGGAGGGGACGUGGCUCUGGGCAUGCUGGCCGGGGCCGCCACCGGCCUGGCGCUGGGCUCCCUCUUCUCCGUCUUCUAG